CAAAGUCUCAUCAUUGUUACAGUGAAACACUCCUUGAAGUUUUUCUUCACUCAAACAUCUGGAGUCCAGAGCAUCCCGGAGUUUGUGGUGGUUGGACUUGUUGAUGAAGUCCAGGGAGGUUACUAUGAAAGCAACACAGGAAGACCAGAACCCAAAACAGAAUGGAUGAAAAAACUCAUGAAGGAUGAUCCUCAGCACCUGGAGUGGUACACUACACAAUCUUUGGAUCUCAAACACUUAUUCAAACAUUACAUUGAGGAUUUGAGGAAACGUUUCAACCAAACUAGAGGUAUUCAUAUUUUGCAAAAGUUGGAUGGCUGUGAAUGGGAUGAUGAGACUGGAGAGGUUAAUGGGUUCAAUCAAUAUGGUUAUGAUGGAGACGACUUUCUAACAUUCGACCCGCAGCGACUUAUAUGGAUUGCCCUAAAACCACAGGCUGUCAUCACCAAACUGAGAUGGGAUGGUGAAAAAGAACGACUACAAUACAACAAAAACUUUUAUGUCCAUGAAUGCCCUGAGUUUUUGAAGAAGUAUGUGCAGUAUGGGAAGGAUUUUUUGCAGACACCAGGUUUUCCUUCAGUGUCUCUCCUUCAGAAGACUCCCUCCUCUCCAGUCAGCUGCCACGCUACAGGUUUCUAUCCUGACAGAGCUGAGAUGUUCUGGAGGAAAGAUGGAGAGGAGCUUCAUGAAGGUGUGGAUCCUGGAGAGAUCCUCCCCAACAAUGAUGAUACCUUCCAGUUGAGUGUUGAUCUGAAUGUUUCAUCAGUCACACCUGAAGACUGGCAGAGGUACGACUGUGUGUUUCAGCUCUCUGGUGUGAACGAGUACAUGAUGACCAAACUGGACAAAGCAGCGAUCAGGACCAACAGGGAGAAGCCCGCUGACAUCAGAGCUACAGUGGUUGUUCUAGCUAUCGUCCUCAUUGCAACUGCUGCAGUUGGGGCAGCUGUGGUGUUUGUCACUUACAAAAGAAAGAAAGCUCCUGCCAAUGUCUCUGAAUAGUCUGAGACACUAAAUCCACAAACCCCCCUGUGUGGCUG